AUGAAGGAACUUCUGGUACUGGCCGCCUUAGUGGCACUCAGCUACAGUCAGGACGGUGGCAACAAAUGUAACUAUCCAGCCACUGGUACUGAGACACUGCAAAACGCCGUACCUAUCAAGAACUUCCAUACCUCUGGAGCGGAUUUCGUCAGACCGGCUUGGUGCAUCACACACUGCAAGGAUAGAAAAUCGAUUAAAGCCGCCAUGGACUUUCAGACAGCCGACGGUGCACCAUCACUCACAGUAAAGAGCUACAGUAUGCCCAAUGAGAAACGCGUUAUUGAAGCCUUCACAAAAGAAGGGCAGAGAGCUGACGACGAUUUCAAUUUCUGCAUAGAUCCUGACGUUUCUGACACGGCUGAUCAGGUCUUCACUCAAUAUCACGGGCGUGGAGAAUAUUGCUGA